CCUCGCGUCCCCACCCGGCUCCAGUUCGGCGCAGCCCAGGCAGUCCCCGGCCUUCCUUCGAGGGGCGCCCCGGGCCCCGCUACGCACCAUGGGCGCUGCCCACUCGGCGUCCGAGGAGGUGCGGGAGCUCGAGGGCAAGACUGGCUUCUCCUCGGACCAAAUAGAACAACUGCACCGGAGGUUCAAGCAGCUGAGCGGGGACCAGCCCACCAUCCGCAAGGAGAACUUCAACAAUGUUCCUGACCUGGAGCUCAACCCAAUCCGAUCCAAAAUCGUCCGUGCCUUCUUCGACAACAGGAACCUGCGCAAGGGAUCCAGUGGCCUGGCCGACGAGAUCAACUUCGAGGACUUCCUGACCAUCAUGUCGUACUUCCGGCCCAUCGACACCACCCUGGGCGAGGAGCAAGUGGAGCUGUCCCGGAAGGAGAAGCUGAAAUUUCUGUUCCAUAUGUACGACUCGGACAGUGACGGCCGCAUCACCCUGGAAGAGUAUAGAAAUGUGGUGGAGGAACUUCUUUCUGGAAACCCUCACAUUGAGAAGGAGUCAGCUCGAUCCAUUGCAGAUGGAGCCAUGAUGGAGGCUGCCAGUGUGUGUGUGGGGCAGAUGGAACCGGACCAGGUGUAUGAGGGGAUCACCUUCGAGGACUUUCUGAAGAUCUGGCAGGGGAUCGACAUCGAGACCAAGAUGCACAUCCGCUUCCUCAACAUGGAGACCAUUGCCCUCUGCCACUGACCGUGCCAGGGAGGGGGUGGUUGGAAGCUGGGCAUGGCCGCAGCCCUUUGCUCAGCCCUUUGCCUAAGCUGCUGUAACAGUUAGCGCCCCUUCACUUAUCCUUCCCGUGGGGUGUGGUGUCUGGGACUCUGCUGUUUUUAUCUCCAAUGAUGUCAAUAAAGGUUUCCUAAUGA